UCCCGAAGUUUGGCGUUGUUCUAUUCUGUUAUCUAUAACCCUUUUUCGCUCUAUCUUCUUUUCCUCUUCUUCUUCUUCUUCUUUUUCUUUAAACCCUACAGCGCCACAAAACCCAACGCCGUUACCAAAUCUCCAUUCUUCCAGAGGAAGAGCCAUGAAUCCCUCUCUCCUCUCCUCCCCUUCUUCCUCUACUCCGGCUUUCCUCUCCCCUUUCCUCACCUCAUCCCCUCUCAAUCUCUCCUGUCCUUCCUCUAUCUCCCUCCCUAAACGACGUCGUUUCAGGGUCUCCAUUCCUCGUAACUCCUCCGAUAAGCCUGCUGAUACCUCCUCCGAUUCUGUGUCGACGUCUUCUUCGUCAUCAGCAUCAGCCAUUUCUGAUGUUUUUGGAGGCAAGCGAGAGCUUACUGGGGUACAGCCUUUGGUGGCUAAUCUCUCGCCACCGGUGAGAAUAGCUAGCUCCGUGAUUAUUCUUGCUGGAGCUGUGGCUUCUGGUUAUGGGUUGGGGUCUAGGUUUGGUAAGACUCAGAAUUUGGCUUUGGGUGGUGCCGCUGCUAUGGGGGCUGCCGGUGGCGCUGUGGUCUAUGCUAUGAAUUCGUGCAUACCUGACGUUGCCGCUGCUGAUUUACAUAACUAUGUGGUUGGGUGCGAUGAUCCCAAAGCCGUUAAGAAGGAGGAUAUUGAACAGAUUGCCAAAAAAUAUGGUGUGAGCAAGCAGAACGAGGCGUUCAACGCAGAACUUUGUGAUCUGUACUGUAGGUUUGUGUCAUCUGUUCUUCCUCCGGGAAGUGAAGAUCUUAGAGGGGAUGAAGUUGAAAUAAUAACCAACUUCAAAAGUGCAUUGGGCAUUGAUGAUCCUGAUGCUGCUAACAUGCAUGUGGAGAUUGGUCGACGGAUUUUCAGGCAAAGGCUUGAGACCGGAGAUCGUGAUGGCGAUGUAGAGCAGCGUCGGGCAUUUCAGAAGCUGAUCUAUGUGUCGACUCUAGUUUUUGGAGAAGCAUCAUCAUUUCUUUUACCUUGGAAACGUGUUUUCAAGGUUACUGAUUCCCAGGUUGAGAUUGCUAUUCGUGAUAAUGCCCAAAGGUUAUAUACUUCAAAGCUAAAGUCAGUUACCAGAGAUGUUGAUGUGGAGGAGCUUGUUACCCUCAGGCGAGCACAACUUCAAUAUAAACUUUCUGAUGAGCUCGCUGAGGAUUUGUUUAGGCAGCAGACAAGAAAACUGUUUGAGGAAAAUAUAUCAGCGGCAUUGGAUGUUUUAAAGUCUAGGACAAGAGCUGUGAGGGGUGUUGUGCAAGUCGUGGAAGAGCUCGAUAAGAUAUUGGCAUUCAAUAAUAAGCUUAUUUCAUUGAAGAAUCAUCCUGAGGCAGCUUCCCUUGCCCGAGGGGUUGGUCCAGUUUCUCUAGUAGGUGGUGAGUAUGAUAAUGAGAGAAAGAUGGAUGACUUGAAGCUUCUCUAUAGAGCUUAUAUUACAGAUGCUUUAUCAAGCAGUCGCAUGGAAGAAAAUAAGCUUUCUGCCUUGAAUCAAUUAAGGAAUAUAUUUGGUUUAGGCAAAAGGGAGGCAGAAGCAAUUACACUUGAUGUUACCUCAAAAGCAUAUCGUAAACGACUUGCACAGGCUGUUUCCAGUGGUGAUUUGGAUUUGGCCACUAGUAAAGCUGCCUUCCUGCAAAAUCUGUGUGAAGAAUUGUACUUUGAUGCAGAGAAGGCAACUGAGAUACAUGAAGAAAUUUACCGGCAGAAGCUCCAGCAAUGUGUGGCUGAUGGGGAACUGAGUGAGGAUGAUGUUGUAGCUUUGAACCGUUUGAGAGUCAUGCUCUGCAUUCGUCAGCAAACUAUUGAUGCAGCUCACUCCGAUGUCUGUGGCAGUUUGUUUGAAAAGGUGGUCAAAGAGGCAAUUGCAUCAGGUGUUGAUGGUUAUGAUGCUGAUGUUAAGAAGGCAGUAAGGAAGGCUGCUCAUGGCUUACGAUUAACCCGGGAAGCUGCCAUGUCUAUUGCUGGCAAAGCAGUUCGAAAGAUUUUCAUAAACUAUAUAAAGCGAGCGAGGACAGCUGAUAACCGCACGGAGGCUGCAAAAGAACUGAAGAAAAUGAUUGCUUUCAAUACAUUGGUUGUGACUGAAUUAGUAGCUGAUAUAAAAGGGGAAUCUUCUGAUACUCCACCAGAAGAGCCUAAGGUGGAAGAGAAAAUUAAAGAGGAUGAGGAGUGGGAUGAUGAUGAAGAAUGGGAGUCCCUUGAGACACUCAGGAAAAUAAAACCUAGUGAGGAGCUUACAGCAAAGAUGGGUAAACCUGGCCAGACAGAGAUAAAUCUAAGAGAUGAUCUUCCUGAAAGAGAUAGAACUGACCUUUACAAGACAUACUUGCUGUACUGCUUAACUGGGGAAGUGACCAGAAUUCCAUUUGGUGCUCAAAUCACCACAAAAAAGGAUGACUCUGAGUAUGUUUUGCUAAAUCAACUUGGUGGAAUUUUGGGAUUGACUGUCAAGGAAAUUGUAGAAGUUCACAGGAGCCUUGCUGAGCAGGCUUUUAGGCAGCAAGCCGAGGUGAUUUUAGCCGAUGGACAAUUGACAAAAGCCAGGGUUGAGCAGCUGAACGAGGUGCAGAAGCAAGUUGGCUUGCCCCCAGAGUAUGCACAAAAAGUAAUAAAGAGCAUUACAACUACAAAAAUGGCAGCUGCUCUUGAAACUGCCAUCAAUCGUGGGAGACUUAAUAUUAAACAGAUUAGAGAAUUGAAGGAAGCAAAUGUUGAUUUGGACAGCAUGAUCUCUGAGAGAUUGCGAGAAAACCUGUUCAAAAAAACUGUGGACGAAAUUUUCUCAUCGGGCACUGGAGAGUUUGACGAGGAGGAAGUCUAUGAGAAAAUCCCUGCAGAUCUUAACAUCAGUGCCGAGAAGGCCAAACAAGUUGUUCGUGAACUUGCUCAGAAUAGACUAUCAAACUCGCUGGUUCAAUCUGUGGCACUACUAAGGCAGAGAAAUCACCAAGGCGUGGUUUCUACGCUUAAUGAUUUGCUAGCUUGCGACAAAGCUGUGCCUUCUGAGCCAUUGACAUGGGAGGUACCAGAGGAGCUAGCUGAUUUAUUUACCAUCUACAUGAAAAAUGACCCAGAACAGGAAAAGCUGUCCCGGUUGCAGUAUCUGUUGGGGAUAAGUGAUUCGACGGCUGGUGCUCUCAGGGAGAUGAAAGAUAGGGUAAUCUCAGUUGAGACAGAGGAAGAAAAAUUUGUAUUCUAACUGUUUUAAUAUGGUAGUUGUAUUAGGUAUUCCGAAGGUCUACAACCUUUAUUUUCUGCCCAGUGGCAAGACUUGAUUUGUGGAGAGUUUUUCCUAAUGUAACAUAGGAUGUUGAAAUUUUGAUAGCUACUGAAAUAAUUACCAAUAGGUUUGUUCAUUGAAUGGGUGUAUGAGGAUAUAUUCUGUUUUCAAUAAUCAGCCAAUGGAAUGGUAUCCAUCUGUGGAGUGACCACCUUUUACUUAAA